CUUUCAUUUGGCAGCUGCUGCUCAUCUUUACGCUCCUCUCGGUCUCUGCUCAGAACUGCAGCCGAUUCGUCCGUUAAGUUUGGAGGACAUUUGCUGCGCGUGUUCCCCGCGGAGGAUGAUGGUCAGAUGAGCGUCCAGCUGCCGUUUGGGAGGCUGUAACCGCCAGCUGGAUGAGAUGCGCUCCUUUACGCACCGGCUUCCUCUGCUCCUGCCUUUCCUGGCCCUGAUCUGCACGGUUGGUGGGCGGUUCCCUCACUGCGUGCUGCACUGGGAGAUGCAGAGGAUCCGAGGAGACUGUGAAGCACAGCUGCAGCUGCAGACGGCGGCUGCAGGAUGUCCAGGCGAGUGGAACAACGUGUCGUGUUGGCCGAACGCGGCGGUCGGUGAGGUGCUGACCCUGCCCUGCCCCUCCCCCUUCCUGCUCUUCUUUGAGAAGAAGGGCAACCUCAGCAGGAACUGCACAGAGAAGGGCUGGUCGUCCGUUUACCCCGACAUCAGGAGCGCCUGCUAUUCUGAGAUCACUGACCAACCCAAGCAGCUGGUCUUCUACAAAGUGGUGCGUGUCCUGUCCACUGUGGGCCACAGCCUGUCGCUCAUCGCACUGCUCACCAGCACCACGCUCAUCUGUCUGUUCAGGAGGCUGCACUGCACCAGGAACUACAUCCAUGUGAACCUGUUUGUGUCUUUCAUGCUGCGAGCCGUCGCCGUGCUGGCCAAAGACACGCUGCUCUUCUCAGAGGAUGAGGCCACCGACUGCAGCACGCAGCCGUCGCUGGUGGGCUGUAAGGCCACUCUGGUUUUCUUUAACUACUUUGUGAUGGCCAACUUCUUCUGGCUGCUGGUGGAAGGACUUUACCUGCACACCCUGCUGCUGGUCAUCCACACCUACUCCACCCGCCUCUCCAUCUACAUGUUUAUUGGCUGGGGAAUCCCCUUUGUGUUCGUGGUGGCUUGGAUCAUAAGUCGGGUGAACCUGGAAGACACCAGCUGCUGGGAAAUCAAUGACAAUCCUGUUCCUGACAGACUCAUCAACUGGCCCAUUAUGGCUUCUAUAAUUAUCAAUUUCAUUCUGUUCAUCAGCAUCAUUCGUGUCCUGGUGCAGAAGCUUCGCUGCUCUGAGGUCGGAGGCAACGAUCAGUCCCAAUACAGACGGCUGGCCAAGUCCACGCUGCUGCUCAUCCCGCUGUUUGGAGUCCACUAUGUGGUGUUUUUCUAUCUGAUGGAGCCAGAUGAUCAAAUCUUGAAGCAAAUCAAGAUUUUCUUUGACCUUGGCCUUGGAUCGUUUCAGGGUCUGAUCGUCGCCGUCCUUUACUGCUUCCUAAACAGCGAGGUCCAGAGCGAGCUAAGGAGGAGUCUGUCUCUGAAGCGAUGUGUGGGACGUGAGGAAAAGCUGCAGGCCGUGACCCUCAACCGGAACGGCAGCCAAAGAUCCCCAACAUUUCCCAGGAACGUCCGAGCUCAGUCCAUCCUGCAGACGGAGACCAGCGUGCUCUGACUGCAGAAGAUGAGGGCUGCUGCUCUGACCGGGAAAGAGAGGACUCCUUUCAUUGUCUUCAGCCUGGUUCUGAUCCCUGCAGUUUCUUACCGAUCACAUUAAACUCAUUAAACGUUUAGAAACAGAGACUGAGCAUUAUCAACAGGCUGAACAUAGCAGUGUUCCAGCUUUUUGGUUCUCGGAUCCUUGAGAACCGCACUUCCAUCGUCUUUAUCGUCACUCCAGAUCACAGCUGCUUCUGUUUUCCUUUUGAUUCCAAAAGGAUUUUACAAAGGACAAAUCAUUCUCACUAGAAAGAAAUUCCUGUACAGUAUACAACUUUAAUAGUUGAUUAGUUUAUGAGACGCUUUUUUUUGUAAAUAAUAAUAAAAUCGGAUGAAAAACCAAAAA